CUCUCCUCAUUAUUAGCGGCCAGUUCCAUUGUUCUGGCCACCCCACUUGAGUAUAUUAUAUUCGACGCGUAACCUUGUGGCCUACAGUUGACAGGAUCUAAUGUUGCAUAGUCUCGUAUCACGUCAAGCCGCCACUAGUCUGAAUUCAGCAGCUUCAGCUAAAGGCCGCUACAUUGGCACAUCCCUGACCAUCCGGAGCGACAACUCCGAGCAGAGCAUCAUCAAGAACAAAGCAGAGAUUGGUUCUGUUACUCCUGAGAAUGCCAUGAAGUGGGACGCUACUGAGCCAAACCGAGGCUCCUUCAGCUUCGGCGGUGCUGACCAGAUUGCCAAUUGGGCUACCCAAAAUAGCCAACAGCUGCGCUGUCAUACUCUUGCGUGGUAUUCCCAGCUACCGAGCUGGGUGUCCAACAGCAACUUCAAUAACGCGACACUCAUCCAGGUCCUCACCAACCAUAUCAACUCUGUCGUUGGUCGGUACAAGGGCAAAUGCACACAUUGGGACGUCGUGAACGAAGCCCUUAACGAAGACGGCACAUACCGCGACAACGUCUUCCUACGAGUGAUUGGUGAAGCAUACAUCCCUAUUGCUUUCAGAAUAGCCGCUGCUGCCGAUCCGGGUGCCAAGCUCUACUACAACGACUAUAACCUAGAAUACGGUGAAGCCAAAGCACUUGGGGCUCAACGCAUCGUGAGGCUAGUGCAAUCUUAUGGAGUCAAGAUCGACGGUGUUGGUCUCCAGGGCCACUUGGUUGUAGAGAAAACCAAUACACAGUCCGUACCGACUCCUUCGCAGGACGUCCUCGAAAAGACUUUGAAACUGUACACGGACUUGAAUGUCGACGUCGCCUACACCGAGCUGGACAUUAGAAUGAAUACUCCGUCUACUACUACCAAGUUACAGGCACAAGCUGAUGCAUAUGCACGAGUGGCUGGUUCCUGCGUAUCUAAUUCGCGGUGUGUGGGAAUCACUCUCUGGGGUAUAUCGGACAAGUACUCGUGGGUUCCUCAGACUUUCAGCGGCGAGGGGGCAGCGCUCUUGUGGUCGGACAGCUAUCAGAAAAAGCCGGCAUAUACCGCUUUCCUUAACGCGAUCAAUGCUGCUAACACUACAUAUUCGAAGCCUACGUGAGCUGGCUCGUUCACGAGGGGAAUGGGGCAUGAUACUUGAGUGUGAAUUGACACUGGC